CUGACAUGCCCAGUAAACGAAAUUCCUUCCCAAUGCCAAGCCAGACAUUAAUGAAUUCAGUACCUAACGCUUUGUUUCAACCUUUCUUGUGACUACUCGUGAGAGAGUUUUAUUUUUGUCUUUAUGGUUGCCAGUUUCUAAUUAGUUUCGAACUGGCUCUCUUAAUGUGAUCUGCCGUUUCAAGGCGAAACCAAAUUGAAUAAAAAAUGGACAAAGGUUGCGACAAUUUAACCGAGUAUAUCCUUAUAAACUACCGAUGGGUAUUUGUAUGUCUGUUUUUAUUACCAAUCUCGUUUCUGUAUGAUUUGUGGCUUUAUUUUCGAAACUGGAUUGUUUUUAAACUGACCAGCGCGCCCAAAAAACACGACACCAAGGUUAAAUACAUCCAAAAGCAGAUUCACCAAUGGGGUAUACAAGGAAAAAAAACUCAAAUGUGCACAGCAAGGCCGGGAUGGCAAACUGUCAGUUUCCGAAGACCCGCUUACAAAAGCACCAUGACUCAAAUCAAAGUCGAUUUGGUGGAUAUACUUCAUGUUGAUAGUAAUAGAAAGAUCGUAAGGGUAGAACCUUUAGUUACCAUGGGUCAGUUAACAGCUACCCUCAACCCCUUAGGUUGGACUAUACCAGUAUUACCCGAAAUCGAUGACCUUACUGUAGGAGGUUUAGUCAUGGGUACUGGAAUAGAGUCCUCGUCACAUAAAUAUGGACUCUUUCAGCACAUAUGCAUAUCCUACGAAUUGGUCCUCGCGGAUGGCAGUGUAGUAAAGUGCUCCAAAGAUGAGCACUCUGAUUUAUUUUAUGCCAUUCCAUGGUCUUAUGGAACACUUGGUAUUUUAACAGCUGUAGAAAUUAAGCUCAUACCUGCAAAACAAUAUGUGAAACUAACAUAUCAACCUGUUAAAGGAUCUGAGAAUAUUGCUCGAGAGUUUAUUAAAGUCAGUAAAGAUUUAAACAAUGAGUUUGUAGAAGGACUUGCAUAUAGUAGAGAUGACGCUGUAAUUAUGACAGGAGUGCAGACCAAUGAAGUAGAGUAUGAUAAAGUAAACGCAAUAGGAAAAUGGUAUAAGCCUUGGUUCUUCUUGCACGUAAAGGAAAUGAUAAAUAAAAACACUCGAGUGACUGAAUAUAUUCCUCUAAGGGAUUACUAUCACAGACAUACGAGAUCGAUUUUCUGGGAGUUACAGGAUAUCAUCCCUUUUGGAAAUAACCUCCUGUUCCGUAUUAUUUUUGGCUGGUUGAUGCCUCCAAAAAUCUCUUUGCUCAAACUCACACAAACCAAAGCAAUAAAGAAACUUUACGAAAACAACCACGUGUUGCAAGAUAUGUUGGUACCAAUUGAAACUUUAGAUGACAGUAUUAAAAUAUUUAGAGAUACUUUUGAUGUAUAUCCGUUAUGGUUGUGUCCUUUUAUUCUACCUAAUGAUCCGGGAAUGCUUCAUCCGAAGGAAGACAGAGAACAAUUGUAUGUGGAUAUCGGAUUGUAUGGUGUGCCUAAAGUGGAAAAAUUUAGACCUAAAGAAGAUAUGCGAAAAAUUGAAAAAUAUGUUACAGAUGUCGGAGGAUUCCAAAUGUUGUAUGCCGACACCUAUAUGACUCGAGAAGAAUUUAGAACAAUGUUUGAUCAUUCCUUAUAUGAUCGUGUAAGAGAGAAGCUGCAAUGUAAGGAGGCCUUUCCCGAGGUGUAUGAUAAAGUUUCAAGAAAGGCUAGAAUAUAAAACUGACAAGUUGUAUAACAUUAAGUCUUUAUUCAAACAUAUAAUGUAUUAAGCAUAAUAGCAAUCCUGUAAUAUAAAUCCUUAAAUUGUUAAAAUACGCGAAAGCGAUCGAAUUAGACUCGAACCACAAAAAGAACCCCAAAGUUUCAAUAGUUCCGUACAUUCCUAAAAGAUUACUCGUGCUUUGCCAGGUAUCGGAAUACCAAAUAGGGUAUUAACUAAAGAUAAAUUCUGAAAUCUGCUACUCAAAAUGUUUCCUCUAGUUGAAUGAAAACAUGUCUCAGCGUGCCGACCAAUCAAACAAAGAAAACGGAUAUAGUUUGAAUGAAAGAAAAGAAAAUAUUCUUUGAAUUAUUUUUACCUGAGCGAAACUUGGGUUCCUCGGCCUCGCUAUCAAAGAAUCAAGUGCUACCACCUCACUUAACAGUAGUAGUUAAUCUGUUUACUUUAGUUUUUGGAUAAACUACUAUAAGUUUUCUAUAUUUUUAAGAUCAAUAUUCAAAAUUACGGUCAUAUGUCCUUACUGAAAUUUAAAUUUUUGCUAAAAGAUUUAUAACAAAAAACCUCACUCAUACAAACUUGUAUGUGUAUGAUGUAAAAAAUAUAUAUACUUACACGUCUAGUUGUGGUAUUUAUUUAGGUCCUGUAUAACAAUUCACCUGCUAACCAAAUGUUAGCUUUUCCCAGCCAUAUGAUUGUGCUCCCCGAAUAAAUAACAAAUUAAAUUUCCAUUAGUCGAAAAAAUUUGUAUAAUUAUAUUUUGUUAUAUUUGCUUAAAUUAUUGCGGUGAUUAUAAAUUAGAUACGCAAAAUUCUCAAUCAAAUGCUUUAUAGAAUUAAUUAUAAUUAGGAUUUGAUAUUUGCUUAAAUAAUCAAUUAUUUAGUUUUUUGUAGUUUUUAGUAAAUGGCAAAGAGUUCUAAACAAAUUGUUGGACUUUAAAAGCAAUACAUUUCUUGAUGAAUUGGUUUUUAUAAUAUUAAUUAUAAGCUAUAUAAGAGAAUAUAAAACAAGUUUUUAAUUAA